AUGAUUGGGCAACCUCGUCCUGAGGAGGGGCAGGCAACGCUUGUUCCCCCCUCCAGUAUGGAUAAAUCCAUUCAAGCAGAGGAUCCUGCUGAAGAAAAUGCAUAUACGACUACAGUCAAUACAGGGACAAAGCAACGCAGAAAAUGGGAACGAUAUUUCCUGUACUUUUUGACGCUGGGGGUGGCAAGCGCGUUGUUGUUUACUCUCGACUCUACAGUGCCGGAGACUGCAUCCCGCCGGCUGCCUUUGUAUAAAGACAGUGGAGUUUCUCGCGGGGCGUAUCUGAGUGUCACUUCUCCAGUCAUGCCUUCGAGCUCAAGAGUGGAACUUGAGCAGCAACAGCCAGCACCACAAGCCCAGGCAGACCCGGGAGAAAGUGACGAGGGCACGCCGCCUUCAUCUUCGGGAGGCACCGUACCUCCUUCGCGUCCUGAAGACCAACUGCUCGUUACCGACAUGUGGGGUCUGCCAAUGCUUGAUCAAUUUGAGAGGACGCUGCCUUUAGAUGCGAAGCGAGGUAAGGAGGAAAUUGCAGCCUUCCUUGCAAAAGGCCCUUUGACCGACGAUUUAGUAUCUUCAGAAGAACUCGACGAACUGUCCACUGUCGCCAGAAUAUUAUCUAAAGGUUCGUCAGACUCCCUGGUUGGAAUAACCAUACUUUUGGCGAACGUAAAGCCACUGCACUGGGGAGAGAAGGUCGGGCAUCUGCCCCGCCUCGUUCACAUAAAUGAAGUAAUAGGCAAAGGUUAUUCAGCCAUCGUGGUGGAAGUCGAGGAUACAGAUACCCAUGAUGUGUUUGCGAUGCGCAUUAUCCGGCAACCUGCAGAGGCUGCUCAGUGGUUUCAACAAGAUGAAUCUUUUAUUGCAGAGAUACAGCAGGAGCUUACCUUGGAGGAGGAGGGAGCGAGGCAGCUAUGCGGCGUCAUUCCAGCAAGUAUGGUGGCCUCAAAGAAGGGCGUUGCCGUUCCCUUGUACAGUGCGGAUAUUGCAGGUGCCCCCGAAGCCCAGCGUGUCGGCGAUCAUUUUAUCUUCUCACGCGUACAGUUAAUGGAAAGGUGCUCUGGGGCUUUUAUUGACCUUUAUAUUCGGGCUGAAAAAGUCGUGGAGAAAGCGCGUGAUUACAUAGCCCGCCGCUUGUUACAAAUUAUUCUCAAAUUUCAACAGGCAGGUCUCAGCCACAACGACCUAAAGUGGGACAACAUGCUGCUGCGCCCAGAUGGCACAUUGCUCAUCGCGGAUCUGGGUUCCGCCCUUCCGUUCGGAAGUCCAUGUAGGCAGCUUACAUUUUUUACACCGCAAUAUAGGGAGCCGCAGCUAGCAUUGCAGCAAGAUCCAGGAGCGUACGAGAGCGGGUUCACCAUCCCGCAAGCCAGCAGCGACUUGUGGUCCCUGGGAAUACUCCUGUACGAACUGUUUACAAAUGAAGUACAGCCAUACGGAGAAGUGGAAGGAAAUAGCGUGGAAGAUAAAGCGAUGCUUCUAGCGGAAUGGCUUAUUGAAAACCAAACCAGAUCAGCCUCUCUCGAACCCAGCUUAGAGGCUGCUAAUGUCCCAGACCGGUGGAUGCAACUUAUUCUAAGAUUGCUGGAGCCCAGUAGGUCGCAUAGAAUAACAGCCUGGGGUAUCGUAGAGGAAUUUCCCGACCUUGUACAUAAUCCACAAUAG